AUGUCCCGAAAGCAUUUUCGUCUCCACCUUCACACUCCGUGGAAGAAGCACUAUCAGUUUCCACUUCCACGUAACGUGGUUACCCUCUCCGACGGAGUUCAACAACCCUCAGACGCCUCCAUAGCCAAACUAGUCCUCGAAUCAGACCCACUCACUCUCUACGAGGCCCUAUCCAGACCCACGGUCCAAUGGGCCCCCGAGCUCGUCAACAAGGUCUUGAAGCGCCUCUGGAACCACGGGCCCAAGGCCCUCCAAUUCUUCAAACAUUUGGACCGCCACCCUUCCUACAUCCACUCCUCCUCGUCGUUCGACCAUGCCAUCGACAUCACGGCCCGCAUGCGCGACUACAACGCCGCGUGGGCCUUAGUGGGCCGCAUGCGCUCCCUCCGCUGCGGCCCAACUCCCCGAACCUUUGCCAUCCUCGCCGAGCGGUACGCCGCGAACGGAAAACCCCACCGCGCCGUCAGAACCUUCCUCUCCAUGCACGAGCACGGUUGCCGCCAGGACCUCAACUCCUUCAACACCGUCCUCGACGUCCUCUGCAAAUCGAAGCGCGUGGAAAUGGCGCACACGUUGCUCAAAACGCUAAGAUCCAGAUUCAAACCCGAUUGCGUGAGCUACAACAUAAUCGCCAACGGUUAUUGCUUAAUCAAACGCACGCCGAUCGCAUUGAAGGUUCUGAAGGAAAUGGUGCAGCGAGGGAUAAACCCUACGAUGGUCACGUAUAACACGUUGCUGAAAGGGUAUUUUCGGAGUAAUCAGAUUAAGGAGGCUUGGGAGUUUUACUUGGAGAUGAAGAAGAGAAAGUGCGAGAUUGAUGUUGUGACUUACACGACUGUGAUUCACGGGUUUGGGGUAGCGGGUGAGGUUAAGAAAUCUCGUAGGGUUUUUGAUGAGAUGGUGAAGGAGGGUGUGGCACCUGGUGUUGCCACGUGUAAUGCGUUGAUUCAGGUCUUGUGUAAGAAGGAUAGUGUGGAGAAUGCGGUGGUGGUUUUUGAGGAGUUGGUGAGGAAGGGGUUGUGUGUGCCGAAUUUGGUUACUUACAACGUUGUUAUCAGAGGUUUGUGUCAUGUUGGUGACAUGGAGAGGGCGUUGGGGUUUAUGGUGAGAAUGGGGGAGCAUGGUUUGAGAGCUAGUGUUCAGACUUACAAUGUUGUGAUUAGGUACUUUUGUGAUGCUGGGGAGAUUGAGAAGGGUUUGGAGAUGUUUGGGAAGAUGAAGGAUGAGUCUUGCUUGCCCAAUUUGGAUACUUACAAUGUUCUGAUUAGUGCCAUGUUUGUGAGGAAGAAGUCGGAGGAUUUGGUGAUGGCUGGGAAGUUGUUGAUGGAGAUGGUUGAUAGAGGGUUCUUGCCGCGGAAGUUUGCUUUCAAUAGGGUGUUGAAUGGACUUGUUAUUACUGGGAAUCAGGAUUUUGCCAAGGAGAUUCUGAGAAUGCAGAGCAGGUGUGGUCGUGUUGUUCGGCGUUUGAAAUUGUGA